CAGUUACUAAAAAGAACAAAAAUUUGCUUUGUUAUUGUUAUAAAUGAAGAGAACUUCUACAAUACACUGCAUCUCAUAGCAUCACAAAUCACUGCAGCAGCCACGAAACAAAAUUCAUUAGUCACACUUUUGUAAAAGUCAUAACAAAAAGCCAUUAGCAAACAUUUGCCAAAUACAUUCUCAUAUAUUCGAUUAUUUUCACUGUCAUUGGAAAUGGGAAACAGAAAUCUCUGCUCAUUGCCAGUCUCGUUUAUAAUCAGCCUCUUUUGCAUUUGUGUCAAUGUUAAGGGACUUGAUAAUGGACUGGUCUUAACGCCACCAAUGGGCUGGAUGCCUUUUGAGAGAUAUCGCUGCAUGACGGAUUGUGUUAGAUUCCCCAGAGACUGCAUCAGUGAGAGACUUUUUAGGCGCACAGCAGAUCUGUUGGUAUCUGAGGGGUAUGCGAAAGUUGGUUACAAAUAUCUCAUUAUCGACGACUGUUGGAUGGAAAGGCAGCGGGAUACCACUACAGAUGAACUUUUGCCCAACGAAAAUCGUUUUCCCAGCGGUAUGAAUGAUCUCUCUAAUUAUAUACAUAAUCGAGGCUUAAAGUUCGGUUUAUAUCAUGAUGUGGGCUAUAAAACCUGCAUGUAUCAGGGUCCUGGUGCCAUUGAUCAUUUUGAGCUCGAUGCCAAAACCUUUGCCUCAUGGGGAGUUGAUUAUAUUAAAAUGGAUGGAUGUUAUGCAAGUGAGAGAGAUUUAGAUAAGGGUUAUCCGGCGUUUGGUCAAGCAUUGAAUAAUACCAAACGACCAAUGGUCUAUUCCUGCAGUUGGCCAUUCUACAAGUCGAAACCCAACUACCAGCUCAUCAAGAAACAUUGCAAUCUUUGGCGUUUCGCUGAAGAUAUUAAUGAUUCUUACGAAUCUAUAGCCAAUAUUAUGCAAAUCUAUCAUAAGCAACAACAUCUUUUGGCCAAUCAUAGUGGUCCCGGGCAUUGGAAUGAUCCAGAUAUGCUGGUAUUGGGUAACUAUUUUCUCAGUUAUGAUCAAAGUCGUUUACAAUUCGCCAUAUGGGCAGUAAUAGCAGCGCCAUUAAUUAUGACCAACGAUUUGGAGACUGUGCGCCCAGAGAUCAAAGCCUUGCUACAGAAUCGCGACAUUAUUGCCAUAAAUCAGGAUAGACUUGGCAACCCUGGCAAGUGUAUAUUGACCAAACAUAAUUUCCAGAUAUGGGCACGACCAGUGGAACCAAUUAAUGAUAUGGGCAUAGAAUCAUUUGCCAUAGCCUUUGUCAAUCAUGGCGAGUUUCCCCAAUGUCCGUUAUGUCCUCAAACAUACAAUGUUUUCUUAAAUGAGAUGAAUUUAGUCAAUCCAAUGGGUUAUACAGUUGUGGAUUUAUUUAAUGUAAGCAAUGAUUUGGGAUUAUAUAAACCAAGGGAUACAUUUAGCACAAGGAUUAAUCCCAAAGGCGUUAACUUUUACAAGUUUACUGUGGUCAACAUUUAUUAAUCAUUUGCAAUUUUUCCACACCAACGGCAGCAAUGGCCGCUAGUGAAAAAAAAAAAUAAAUAGAAAGAAACCAUA